AUGGAUGGUUGCUGUGGCGUUCAUUGUUUAAUGGUAAUGCUUGAGUUUCUCCAUUAUUUUGAGCGCGACACUUUCUCUCUUUCUAGACCCUAUCAGGGGCCCGCAAUCCGUCGUUCUGGGUAUAAGGCUCGUAGACAAAUUAUAACUAUGUACGUAUCCUUCAUUCUCUCCGUAUCAGUUCUGCUAACUGCUGCUGUUAACUUAUUGCCACUUAAGGAGCGUAAGAAUGUGGGCAGUCAAGUCCGACACCAUGGAUCACGUUCCUCUGGAGUACCGCACUCUCCCUUUCAUACUCCGGGGUUUCAUAUAUAUUACUCUGUGGCAAGUUCAGUGAGAACUUCAUGUCGCAUAACUUAUAGCUUUCAUCCGAAUUCGUAUUUCUUUCAGAAGGCGUGUGAAGCAGGUCUUCACGCCAUUAUAGCAGGUGGGAUGCAUUCCCUUCAAGCCAAGUCGCUUGGCUACAACGCGGAGCUUUACUGUGUGCAUGGAGUGUGUUCUCUGAGCAUAGAAGUACCCCUUCUUUAUUGCAUAACAUCGAAGAAAACGCAGAAGGUCUACACCAAAAUCUUCGACCAUGUGAAGGCAAGCAUCAUGGUGAUGUACCACGACGCUGAUUUUGGAUUUCGAAAAAGCAGCUAUCUCAGCUGCACGGGACAACUUCCGGAAGCAUCCAUAGAGGGCUGCGCGUUUCAUAUUGCGCAAGCCUGGAAUCGCAAAAGGAAUGAUCUCGGGCUCAAGAAGUUUACUCAAGUGGUGGGACACCAUAAAAGCUGUAAAAGCUUAUAUAAUUUAGAAAACUUCAGUGAAUUGAAGAAGUAUUCCCUUUUCGUAGGUGUAGUGUCUCUAUCUCGUGUUUUAAUCCCACGAGUGAAAGCCCUGCAAGCUCCUCCAGUACCAACGGGACACGCCGCAUAUGAAACAUGUGAAGGCCUCUUGAGCUACUUUGACGCGGAUUGGCUUCAAGGCACGUUCAAGGAUAUGUGGUGUAAAUGGAAACUAGAAGAUCUGCGCUAUACAAAUAUAGCAGAAGCGUUCAUAGGUGAAACAGUUUAUGAUUACGCCCGUCUGAGUACGUAA